UCACACACCAACAUCAACACACCCUCACUCAGACACAUUCGCACACAAACACACACAGACAGAGGAGCCAGCUGAGAUUCCUGCAAUGACACUACAGAGUUGACAGAUACCAUGGAAGUGACUGACAAAUUCACCUUCAACCCAAAGGAGGGAAUUGACAACCCAGCAAUGACAGAAGUGGCUGAGUCAGAAGCUGUUGUCACCCCGACGCCCCGCUUGUGUGUUUUGAAACGAGAGGAGGGCGAGAGCUUCGCCUUCCACCUGCGCGUGGAGAGGGGUGUCCUUGGUCACGUGGUUCGGCAGGUGACCCCGUGGGGAGUGGCCGAGCGGAAUGGGGUGAAAGAUGGGGAUCGGCUGCUGGAAGUCAACGAGAGCUUCUUGAAUGAUGCAAAACAUACUGAGGUGGCGAGGAAGAUCCACAUAAGCGGGACACAGUUGUGUCUCCUGCUGCUGGAUGGGAAGGCGUACGAUCAGGCCGUGGCUCAGGGCUGUGACCUCAAGGCACUGGCCAGAGCCCAGCGAGGAGCAGACUGGGACCCACCUCGACUCUGCCACAUCGCCAGAGAGUCCAGUCAUGGCCUUGGGCUCAGGAUUCUCCCCGUGGAGGGGGAGAAGGGGAAGUUCUCUAUGAGCCCAUCCAGUGGAGGUCCGUCCGAGAAGGCGGGCGUACGCAAGGGAGACCGCCUGAUUUGGCUGGACGGCGCCACCGUAUCUGAACUCUCUCACUCAGCCAUCAGCAAGAUGGUGAAGAAAUGUGAUCAUAUGACGGUCCUGGUGAUUGACAGCAAAAGUGAGCAGACCUACGUGAGCCGGCGGAUGCCCAUUCUCCCCUCGAUGGCCGUCGCUCACAGUCUGCCACACAGGCCCCGAAAGCUGCAACUUGUCCAGACGCCUGAAGGGUACGGCUUCCUGCUGAGACUGGAGAAAUCCCCCACCAAACACAACGUUCAUGUGCUGCGUGAGGUGGACGCUGACAGUCCAGCAGAGCGAGCAGGGAUACAGGAAGGAGAGAUUCUGCUGGAGGUCAAUGAGGAGCUCAUCACCCAUUUGAAGCACAGUGAUGUGGUCAACAGGAUACGCCAGAGUGGCCAGCAGGUCACACUGACCAUCAUUAGCCUACAAGGACAGGAUUUCUUUACAAGGCUUGGUCUUUCCCCAUUACUCUUUUAUGAAGACACAUCUGCUGCGCCGAGUGAAAGUGCCGAACUGCAGCAGACUGCUGACCACUGCAGUGACCCUCAGUGUGCCCCAGCAGACGAGCCUCCCAAGCCCAGGGUCUGUGUCCUCAGUAAGGGUCCCAGCGGCUAUGGCUUCCACAUGGGAUGCGUUCUCCAGAAACCGGGAACCUACAUAAGCCAGGUAGCAGCAGAGGGACCUGGGGGGGAAGCUGGGCUACUGAAGGGGGAUGUGGUGAUGGAGGUGAAUGGAACAAACGUGGAGGAGGAGUAUCUGGAGGAUGUGAUCGUGCUCAUUAAAGAGGCGGGUGACUCUCUCUCUCUGCUGGUCGUGGAGCCCCUGGGGUACGAGAAGCUGCUGCAGAACAGGAACGUCGUCACAGCCGAGCAGCCAGCUAAUGGCUCUUAAUUAACAUGCACUAAUAAAGGAUGCACCCAAUUCUUACAGUUAUUAUAUUUUUAACGAGACAGUUGGUUUUUAAAAAACAUUUAAAGGACUGAGUAGCCAUAUUUCAUACCUUCCAGAAUGGUUUAUAUGCUAUGUUAAAGUUACUUUAACAUAGACUGCCUGAAUUUGCACACAUAAUUUAGAAAUGCAUUUUAUUUAGAACAGUAUGUACCUCUCUCAUAGAUGUUGCACAUUUGCAUAUUCACCUAUGCACUAUGAUUGUUGCCUGCUUCAAGAAGUAGUUCCAUUGUAAUAUUUCCAAAAAUAUAAAUAGAUUCUAACCUCUACAGUAUUUUUGAUAAACCACAACCUCCAGCUGAUUAAAAUAACAAGUGUGUUUUAUUGGUCUGAAAUGUUUCAAAGAUAAUUAUGGUUGGUUAUAUCUUAAGGACCAUAUUUUAUAUAGCCUACAUGUAUCUGUAUAUUACUGCAUUUAAAGUUUCAAUGUUGUUUUCAUUCAAUGUUCAUGUGUAAA